UAGGAGUGGACGCCUCCUUGGCUCAUGCUCUGCACGAAUAAAUAUUUCUUAUCUAAAGUAAUGCUUACUGAAAAGGAGUAGGAAAGCAGCUUUUCUUUUUUGUCGUCCUCUCUCUCUUCCACUUUUCUUCAUCCAUCAACAUUCAAUCUUUCCCCAUUGGUUACUUCAUUAUUCUUUUUUAUACUUCAUUUACGUCUCAGGAACAUAAUAUACAAAAACCAAACCCUUUUUAUAAUUUUGUUAUCCUUGUUACAUUCCAUUGCUUCACUUAAAAGUGCCCAUCUUUUUCUUCCUUCCACUUCAACCUGGUAUCUUCUCACGCAUCCUUCCUGUGUCCAUUCUCACCCUAUUACCCUUCAGCCCGCUGCUCCUCUUCGUCCUUUCCCACUAUGACUGAGCAACACCUGUAUCCUAAGCAGCAGCAGCAGCAACAGCAGGAACAGCAAGGGGCUGGCGUCCGGGCAGAACCAAUCUUCAUCAGGGAUCCAUCUGCUCUUGAAUCUCUAUCAUCGGUUUUAACAGGAGUAUCGUCUUAUGUAGCUAACACGCUGCCGACAUCCUUCUCUAUGCCCUCCAGAGGCUUCACUUCUCCUUCCAGCACAGCAGGAGCGAACCCCUCUAAUCCAUAUUACUAUCCACAGAUACAAGGUUCUGGCAACUCACUCUUGGGAACCAAUCAAGAUAAUAUUUGUGUUCUCACAAAUGGAGACGUCGUCCUCUUUUCGGCAUUCGACUGGAUCGACACGGGAAGUAUUUCUAAGAACAAGAAUUCUCGGCGGUUCUGUCUUCUGCUUGGUUACACAGAUGGCUUUCAGAUUUGGGACAUCACUCAUCCAGACAAUAUUCACGAGAUUACCUCUAUUCGUAAUACGCUGAAAGAAGUCUCCUUUAUAAAGAUACUCCCAUCACCAAGAGUAUCGAAUGGAAAGACUGACCAGUUUGAACAACAUCGCCCUCUUGCUGCCAUUAUAUCGAACAAAAACGCUGAAGACGGUGCCUCUGCGCCCAAAAAGCUACGGAUCUAUUCACUUGCCACGCAUCAAGUAGUUAAGACGCUUGAUUUUGGUGAAAGUCAUGAUUAUGAUAUUUCAGCGCUCGAUGUGAGCGAGCGAGCGAUCGUAGUGGCGCUUACAGCUCCUGGAGAGAGUGCCCACCUCUCUCUGCUUAGUCAGCUGACUCUCCAACCCCUUCACCCAAAGCAGACAAUCUUGCAAGAUGUCGCAUAUCCCGGCGUCUUUGAUCUCGGCACAAGGCUAUUGGCAUAUGUUACAACUAGUGAGGCUCCCCAUGAUAAUGUAGAUACUAAGCACGGAGAGCACGAGACAGACAGUGGCAGUGGGUACCAGGACCUGGCCAAGGGCGUUGCCAAAGAAGUUAUCGGUGGUGUUAAAAUGCUCAGUGGGUUCGCGCACCAGACCUUUUCCUCAUACUGGUCAGGGAAUUCAGGAACAGGAGCAAUUGCCUCGACAUCACCACCUGUUCAAUCUGGCUUCAAUAGAUCACCUAUCACGUCCACCAUAGAAGACGACAUGAUGACAGCUCAUCACAAAAACGUGAAGCCGUGGGAACGGUCAUCAUUAGAGAUAUCUCACUUCCCAGCAUGCCUAUUGUUGCCCAUUUCAAACCACAUGAUCACCCCAUCACGGGCUGUAAGUUCUCUCCUUCCGGAAGACUUUUGCUCACUGUGUCGCGUCAUGGAAAUGUCUUUCAUGUGCAUGAGAUACGUCCGACUAUGGGACAUGGGUCCCGACACCUCUAUAAGCUCGCUCGUGGUAUUACUCACGCAAACGUGGAGGAUAUUGUAUUCAACGAGGAUGAGACUUGGGUGGCGGUGACGACUUCAAGAGGAACUACACAUUUGUAUGCAGUCAACCCGUUCGGAGGCUCGCCUGAUGUUGGAGCACAUAUGUAUACUGGAGUCGUCAAUUGGUCUGCUACUGCGAUUGAGUAUCCGACGAGCUUGAAUGCGCUCUGCCGCAUUAAGCAGCGGCACCAUGUCCCUGAUGUUAUCCUCUCUGAGGGGAAUGGAUUAGAUAUAUUUGACUCUCAGUCUUCUGUACCUGUGCCCGAAAAACGUCCUAGCCCACUGCUCCGAGAGAACUCACAGGACUCACUAAGCUCGGCUGGUACUGGAACAUCAGAUCAAAGCCAGGGCUACCUUAGUAGACUACAACAGCACAAUGGUUUUUCAGCUGCUGGGCGACAACGCGCCAUGAUUGCAGCCUACUUUUUACCCUCAACAACUG